UCUAGAUCUAGUUUCUAAAUAUUGGUGGUGUUUACGGCAUGCAUCGUUUUCUUGCAUGAUUCUGAUGUUGAUAUUGUGUUGUUUUUUUUUUUGGCCUAAAUAGAAAUCUAGAUUCAGUGGCUAGUCUAUCCAGUCUGUGAUCUAGAUAAAUCUAGAUUGUCUAGGCUGUCUGAGAUGCCCAAAACUUCAUAUUUUGUAGACAGCCGUCUAGUUCCAAGAAUAAAACAGCCAGUCGGAAGAGAUGGUGCCAGAAUUGGGUGUCUAAAGCUUCUUCAAAACUUGCUCUUCUUUCAUUAAGUCUGAAUCAUUGACAAAAACUGCAUCUCAGAAGUGCAAUUCUAAUCUGUAGAAGCUACAAAAAAUUCAUUUUUGAACUAGCAUCAACUACAUUGCUCUUGAUCUUGACUCAAAACACACCACAAGAUGUCAUCAGCUGCUUCAAUUCGUCGUCGCAAGUUAAAGGUUGAAAAUCCUGAAAAGUAUGCCGAAUUGUUGGUAAAAGAGAGAGAGGCAGCCAAGAGGUACAGACAAGAAAAAAAGAAACAUUGGGAAGAAGGUAGCCAUACCCAGGCUGAAAUAGAUGAAUAUAACGCUCAGAAUAUGAAGAGAAGACAGCAUAAAAGAGACUAUUACUUAAAAUCAAAGUCUCAAAGGUCUCGUCAAACAUGGAACAGUGCUGUCAUUGCAAACACUCCAAACUCUGAACAGGAAAAAAAGAGGCCUAAGGAUAUGUCGCCAAGUGAGUAUAGGAAAUAUCGAAAUAACCAGAAAAAAGCCCAGCUACAAGCUCUGAGUCAUCAGAAAAAAACAGCUUUAAAGCGUAAAAACAGAGAAAGGAUGAGAAAAGUACGUGAAGCAGCUAAGCUGGCUAGAAUGAAUAGAACCAAGGUUAGACCAACAGAGAGAGUUGAACCUCUUCAACAGUCAGCUCACAAUUUGGAUCAACAAAUUCUCAAAAAUAAAGCUGGAAAACUUUCAAUUUCUGAUUUAACAGAACAAUUACAACAACAACACAGUGAAUAUGCAAGAAAAAAGAAAAGUGCGUUUUUCAAGUCUGUAGAAAAAGGUUUUGAAUUAGCCAGUAAAGAAUUAAUAAAUGAAGGCGUUAAUCUUUCUUCACUCGAUGCAAGCAGUGAAAGUGAGACAGACUCUGAACUUGUGAAUUAUGAGGACAAAAAUAUCAUGAAUCAUAUGAUAAGUAACAUGUACAAACAAAAGAAACUACCAGAUUCACAAAACAAUUUGUUAAACUCUACGCCGCCCACAUCUGCUCAGGUUGACACAGGCAAAGGUCAAGGGUGGUUUAUUGACAGGCAUAAAGGAAGCAGUGAUUCCCAAACUCCUGUUCCGAGCUCAGAGAAAAGAAAUAUCCAGCAGUCCCUUACAGAGACAAGUACAACAGAGAGACCAGUAAAGAAACCAAAACUUGCCAAUGAUCUUCACAAAAAGAAAAGCAAAAGAAAAGCUCUAGUGUAUCCUGCAGUCACUUUUGCUCAUGUUGGAGGAAACAGCAGCAUUUUACAGCAUUUAGAAGAACACUGCCAGUUUCUGGAAUAUCCCGAGCUCUUACCCAAAAUUAAAGGAGACCUGCCCAAGUGUUUCCUGAUCCAUGGGCCAACUGGCUGUGGGAAAACUCUUCUUGCUAAUGCUAUUGCAGGAGAAUAUAAAGUUCCAUUGAUCUCUAUGACAGCAACAGAGUUAGUGGCUGGUAUCUCUGGAGACUCAGAAGCUAAUAUCAGAGAUUUAUUUGAACAAGCUGCGGAAUCUGCACCUUGUAUUUUGUUAAUUGAUGAUGUUGAUGCAAUAGCUAGCAAAAGAGAAAAUGCAACAAAAGGAAUGGAAAGUAGACUGGUGACACAGCUGUCUAACAGCAUGGAUGAACUUCGGUCCAAAAAUUUACCAGUGUUGUUAAUAUGUGCUACCAACAGACCCAAUAAUUUGGAUGAAGCUUUCAGAAGAACUGGGAGAUUUGAUAUAGAGUAUGUGAUGAGAUUCCCCAACAGAGAUGCAAGAAAAAGCAUCCUGGAAGCCUUGUGUAAAGAUGUCCAGCUAGGGCCUAAUGUUUCCCUGUCAGAAAUAGCUGACCUAACGCCUGGAUAUGUGGGCUCUGAUCUGAAGACUCUAAUCUCAAUUACCAAUGCUUGCGCCCUACACAGAAUCAUCUGUGAGUGCAAGAGAAAUAACAAGAAUUUGAAGGCAGUCCAUGAAGAUUCUCCAAGACUCAAAGUUGUGUUCACACCAGAAGAAAUUGAUCAAUUUCAAGUGAAACUUCUCAAGUCUGACUUUCAGAAAGCUAUGACAGAAGUGAAACCUACCGCCAAGCAGGAAGAUGUGAUCUUAGUACCUAACACUACAUGGGAUGACAUUGGUGGUCUAGACAGCAUUAGAAAAAAACUGAACCUGUGUAUUAUGGAAAGAACCAAGCGACCAGCCUUGUAUCAGGCUAUUGGCAUGACCUCAGCAGCAGGAGUUUUAUUGGUUGGACCACCUGGCUGUGGGAAAACAUCUGUGGCGAGGGCUGUUGCUAAUGAGGCAGGCAUCAACUUCCUUUACAUCAAAGGUGCUGAAUUGUUAAACAAAUAUGUUGGUGAAAGUGAAAAAAAUGUUCGAGAUUUAUUUAAAAAAGCAAGCAGCCUGGCCCCUUGUGUGAUUUUUUUUGAUGAAAUUGAUUCCAUUUGCCCUCGAAGAUCUUCUGGAUCAGAGGAGAAUUCAACUAGUCGUGUGACCAAUCAACUUCUCCUGGAAAUGUCUGGCCUAGAGCAAAGGACAGAAGUGUAUGUCAUUGCUGCCACCAACAGACUAGAUCGACUAGACAAAGCCUUCCUCAGACCUGGACGUAUGGACAAAAUAAUCUAUGUAGGUCUCCCUACUGCUGAAGGUAGAGUGGAGAUCUUGACAGCACUUACAAAGAAUGGUACAAGACCAAAUUUAGCAAGUGAUGUUAGUUUAGACAGAAUUGGAAGAGAUAAAAGAUGUGAAGGAUUCUCUGGUGCUGACCUUGGUAACCUUGUACAAGUUGCCAGGGAGGCUUGCCUGGAAGAGAUUAUUGAAUCAACAGAAGCCAGUAGUGACCUGGUCCAGCCAGUGGUCAAUAACUCUCAUUUUGAAGUUGCCUUCCAGAGUGUUAGACCAUCAGUUGAUGCAGAGUCAAAAAGAAAUUAUGAAGCAGUCAGGAAAUUAUUGGAAAACAAAACAAGUAAAAAAGAUUUGCAAAACUUAGCAGCAGAUGCUAACAUUGAUGCUAUGGAUGUUUUAUGAUAAAAUGUUUAAAUUAAAUGUGUUGUAUAUA